UACCGUACGCCCGAUAAGGGUGGAGCUCCACCCCUCCACCCCGCCACUUCACUUUGCGCUCAAUCACCAAUCGCAAGAACAACCUUGGCUCUGCGACACCACAUGAAUAAAAGGGCCUUCUCACGUACGGCUAGCGGUAACGCCCGCCAUCCGGCGUGGUGUUACCCGGAGCCCCUCAUUCAAGGGAACGGCGUUGUUCGGUCGUGGCGGCGGAAGCUAUUACCCGACUGCCGCAUGACUGAGUAGCGACACUGUCUAUCAAAGCACUUCGACUCCUGGGAAGCCUUGAUAAACAGUUAUCACUUGCUAAGAUACGUUACCAUCGUGAAGUGUUGAGCCAAAAUGACGUCUAUCGAUCAGCCGCUGAACGGCAAGAUACUCCUUAUUACAGGGGGUGCAUCUGGAAUCGGUCUUUGUGUGACAAAGCAAGCACAUGAUCUCGGCGCUCGCAUCCUCGUAGCGGACCUCAAGACAACAUCCGAUUUCGAUACCUUUGCUGCCAACAAGUCAAACCUCCUCUACGUGCAAUCCGACGUGACGCGAUGGGCCGACUUUGACAAGCUCUUCGAAGCGUGCGAAAAGCAAUGGAACGACGUUCCUGAUGCAUACGCCAUCUGCGCGGGACUUUUCGACCCACCCUUUUCCAACUUCUGGCAAGACCCUGAAGAUCAAGGGUAUAAACAGGUUGAAGUCAAUGUGAAUCAUCCAAUCAAACUAACGAGAUUGGCUAUCCGAAAGAGUCUGGGGAAGGGCAAAAGAGCCAGUGUCUGUAUCAUCGCGUCGGUAGCCGGCAUAUCAGGCAACCUAGCAGCUCCGCUCUACUGUGCGACAAAACACGCUGUCGUGGGCUUCGUCAAGUCUCUUGGGCCAUCCGAGUCACUCACUGGCGUCAAGAUUACCACUCUCUGUCCUGGCGCCGUGGCGACACCGUUAUUCGACGCCGCGAAACUCAAGCAAUACUCUGUGACUACAGACAAAGCACUCACACCAGACGCAUGCGCGACUAGUCUGUUAGAUCUGCUACAGAAGAAAGAGUACCCAUGUGGUAGUAUACUGGAAAUUACUCUUGGAGGGACGAGGCUUAUUCCGGAGUGGGGUGUGGAGCCACCGAAAGGUGUGGGCUCGGGACAAGAUCUGGAUGAGCAAUUCAUGACGAACAUGCUACAGCCUAUCAACGACAAGUUAAAUGCAGAGAAGGCAAAGGCAUGAGGACACAUAUUGUAAAGGGUUUGAGUGUAUUACGUGUGCAAUCAGAUUUUCGCUACCAGAUCGGAUUGAACCCACACACAAGGAGAAUAGCAAAACCACUUCAUACACGGAAAUUCCUGAAUAAGCCUGUAGCAUACAUCAAUGUGAGAAUGUGUAAAGUAGGUAACCGAACGGCAACGUAGGCGCCAGGGUGGUCAGGUUUCUUGAUUGAGGUGGAACUCAAACUCGAAAACGCAUCCUGAAUGCCCUCAGUGUACCCUCAAUUCAAC